AUGUCGUCCACACAAUGGAAUGAGACUCCAAUGGCUCAGAGCCUGGAGGAACAAGAAGUCCAAGCGAUUUGGUCGCAGGCUCUUUGUCUGCCAGCGGACCAAAUUGGGAUGAACCAGUCAUUUGUCAGCUUGGGCGGCGACUCAAUCGCGGCAAUUAAGGCUGCCUCUUUGGCCAGUCGAAGAGGGAUACGACUGCUGGUCAAGGAUUUAAUGGCUACAAGGACAGUCCGACAACUCGCAUUUAUCGCCACGCAAGCAUCAACAAAGCUGGAUGACGCAAAUUCUCAAGCAAUUGCACCUUUUGUGUCAGAAAUGAAGAGAGAGUUCGAGUUUUUGUUCCGUGAUCAGCUUGCACAGAAUGUCUCUUCUGAUGGAGAAGAAGUUCAAAUUGAAGACGCGUAUCCGUGUUCUCCAACACAACAAGGCAUCCUAAUUUCUCAAGGGAAGACAGGAGGCGCUUACGCCAUCAGUUACCUCGCAGAAGUCUCUCCUUGUACGACUGAUGCCGUUGUCGACGUCAGGUGUCUGCAGCGCGCGUGGCAAAUGGUGGUCAACCGUCAUCCAACUUUGAGAACCAUCUUCGUUGAAGGCAACACGGCUGAAAGACCAGUAGAGCAACUUGUUCUACGCAACGUGCAAGCGGCAUUCCACCACCAUGAUGUUGCAGACGACCUUCAAGCAAAAGAUUUGGUAGGCCUCGUCAGCUUCGAAAAGGCACUGGCCGAGUUUGGCCGACUGCCUCACCACAUGACCGCUUUCACCAACCCUUCUGGAAAGUGCUACAUUCGCUUGGAGAUAAGUCAUGCUAUUACAGAUGGCGGGUCACUUCCUCUCAUGAUGAAUGAGUUAGCAUUAAGCUACGGUGGAAAGCUACAAUCAACGCCAGGUCCCUCCUACAGGAACUUUCUCAACAACAUCUUUGGUCAGCCUACAGUACCUGGCUUGAACUUCUGGAAUGGCUUCCUCCGAGGUGCCGAGCCAAGCCAGUUUCCAUGUCUUCUUGAUGGUAACCAAGCAUCUGAAAGAAGGUUAAGUUCCGUAAAGGUGGACCUAUCGCCUUCGGCAGACUCUAUCAUGACCUUUUCCAAGAAGUAUGAGGUUACUCUUUUCCACAUCUUCCAGGCGGCUUGGGCGAUAGUUUUGCGAUCGUAUCUGAACCAAAGUGAUGUAUGUUUUGGUUAUGUAACUUCAGGACGUGAUGCUCCUGUGGAGUCGAUCCAGUCGGCUAUCGGGGCCUUUAUGAGUACAUUAAUUUGUCGCAUUUGCCUUGACGACUCGAUGGAUGUUGCAAAAUUGCUCCGCGACAUCAGAGAUCGAAAUACUGCAAGUCUGGACUACCAGCAUAUGUCGCUUGCAGAUAUGCAGCGCACACUAAGUUUAUCGGGAAACUCAUUAUUCAAUACCGUCAUUGGAUUUCAGACAGUAAAUAUCCCAGAGGGAGACGGCGAGCAGAAUAUCUUGAAGAUCAAUGAACUCAUCACGUAUGACCCAACAGAGUAUGAUAUCGCUGUAAUAGUCGAGACAGCUGGCAAAAUACCAUGCGUGCAGUUGAACUACUGGACAGACAAGUUGUCAGUAGACCAGGCAAUGAAUCUUAGCUCUACCUUGUCUCAAGCAAUUUCCACUAUCAUCGCGAAUCCCGAAUCCAAAGUCGGCACUCUUGAUCUUGUUCCACUUUCUCAGCGUCAAAAAAUGACGAGUUGGAACACUGAGAGCACAAAAGUAUCAGAAGAAUUUAUCAAUACGGAAUCAUGUGUUCACACCAUCUUUCAAGAGCAAGUAUACCUACGUCCAGAGGCGACGGCUAUCGUUGCGCAUGAUGGCCAGCUUACGUACAGUGAGCUUGAUGGUAUCACAACAAAACUGGCUAAUCACCUGGUCACAUUGGGUGUGAAACCGGAAAGUCUUGUACCUUACUGCUUUUCCAAAUCUAUUUGGGCACCCGUGGCAGUGCUCUCGAUCUUGAAAGCCGGUGGUGCCGGUGUUCCGCUCGACCCUAACCACCCUCAAGCACGGCUCGAUACCAUACUCAACGAUUCUGGUGCGACGAUUGUGGUGACAUCACCAGAGCAUUUUGCAUUGUUUCAGCAUAGGGAAGUAGCUCUUGUCUCGUUGGAAGAUGCUUUUCUGCAGAGUCUCCCAACGUCAGGCGUGGAGCCAUGCGCUGAGGUACAGCCUAACAACGCUGCUUUCGUCAUUUUCACCUCUGGAAGUACAGGAAUCCCCAAAGGUGUUGUCAUUGAACACCAUUCCAUGGCAACGAAUGUUCAAGCUUAUGGGAGAGCAUUACGGAUCAACGAAAUGUCUCGUGUGCUGCAAUUUGCUACAUACACCUUUGAUGCUAGCAUCUUUGACAUGUGUGCAGCUCUUUUACUUGGCGGCUGUGUAUGCAUUCCUUCCGAAUACGAGAGAAUGAAUGACUUGCCUGGUUUCAUCAAUCGUCAUAACUGCGACUGGAUCCUGGCAACAUCUACAGUCAUGAGUAUGAUGACACCGGAGCAGGUUCCAAGCUUAAAGGUUCUUGUGCUAGGAGGAGAGCCACUUUCCCGUCAAGUGCUUGACAUGUGGGCUCCAUUUGCUGACGUGCAUAAUGCCUACGGCCCUGCAGAAGCUGCCAUAAUGUCAGCCUGUUCUGGCAGCUUGGUACGGGGAUCUCAGCCUUCAUGUAUUGGUAAGGCAAUCACCGGCCCUGUAUGGCUGACCGAUCCUUCUGACUUCAGUAAACUUGUACCUAUCGGAUGUAUUGGAGAGAUCACAGUUCAAGGCCCUGGUGUAUCUCGUGGGUAUCUCAAUUCGCCAGAAAAAACCUCACGAUCAUUCUUUGACUCGCCAAGAUGGCUUGAUCAGUCUAACGAUACUUACCGGAGGGUCUACAGAACUGGAGAUUUGGCCCGCUUGAACUCUGACGGAUCAAUUGAGUGCCUUGGCCGCAAAGAUAGUCAAGUCAAGCUUAGAGGUCAGCGCUUAGAACUUGGGGAGAUUGAGUACCAUAUUUCAGAGCACGAGCAAGUCAAACAGGGUGUUGUUCUCAAAGGCACUCGCGGUUUUUGCAAGGAGCGUCUGGUGGGCAUAGUCUCACUAAAGGAAUCACCAACGACCGUAACUGAAAGCAUGGAGCUUAUUUCUGAUAAAAUGAAGCCUCGUGCCAUUCAGGUCAUUGCGGAACUUCGAAACAUACUCAGCGCCAGCUUGCCCACGUACAUGACACCAACGACGUGGGUCGUGCUGACUGAACUCCCAAUGACAACCUCUGGCAAGAUCUACCUCAAAUCAAUGCAAAAUUGGGUUGACGAUAUGAGCCAAGAUCUUUUUAUCGAGGUCUCGCAAUUUUCUUCCUCAGUGGAGAGAUCGGAUACUACUUCAGGCCAGGCAGGGAAAAGAAUGUCAGACAUUGAGCAGCGAUUGCGACAGAUAUGGUCGCGAGUCCUGAAUUUGCCCGCGGUCAGCAUCACGCGAUCGAGCACAUUCCUCGCAUUGGGUGGAGACUCUGUCACGGCGAUGCGUGUUAUGUCACUUUGCAGGGCCGAAAAGCUUGUUAUCACAGUGCAAGAUGUACUACGCAACCAGACCCUUGCGAGUCUUGCCAAAUGUGUCAAGUCUACUGGGCCACUGACACCAAAUGAGGAACUUGAAGAGAUCUAUGAUGCUUCUGUGCCGCUGACUUCGAUACAAAGCUUGUUCUUUAAUGCUCUGGAUGAUGCGCCGAACCACUACAACCAGAGCUUCUUGCUGGGGCUUCGUCGGGCUGUUUCCGAGGAGAAGAUGCGUACCGCCCUUGAUACUAUUGUUACCCGUCAUCCGCUACUACGGGCUCAUUUUCACAAAUCAGAAGCCAGCGGGCUGUGGCUGCAGGAGAUUCCGAAAACAAAGUCGCGGAGUAUGUCCGAUUUCUAUAACUUCCAGCACGUCAAUGUUGUGGACGAGGAACACCUUCGAAAGUCCGCUGCUGCUGCGCAGACCAAGCUGGAUAUCCAACACGGUCCCGUCUUCUCCGCCGUUUUAUUCCUCACAUCACAACAAGAGCAAUACCUAUACCUUGUUGCCCACCAUCUUGUGAUUGAUCUCGUAUCAUGGAGAAUUUUGCUCCAGGACCUCGAGGAAAUUUUGCUGUUGGGAUCCCCCAAAACGGACCCGGGCCUAUCAUAUCUUCAAAUUGCGAAUACACGACAUAACACCUUAAAAAGCUCCCCGAUCGAGAAUGACUCACGCCUGUCAGCAGUCGAUAUGAGAUACUGGAAGCUGUCGAACGCCGAGAACAUUGAAUCUAAUAUCCGCCAUACUGGUUUCACGCUCAACUUGGAAACCUCCAGGCUGAUUCUUGGCAGCUGUAAUGAAGUGUUGAGAACUGAACCCACGAACCUAUUUCUAGCAGCCAUAACCUGCGCAUUUGCUGAAAUAUUCCGGGACCGAAAUAUGCCCACCAUUUUUGUGGAGGGACAUGGCAGAGAUCACGAACUUCUGAAAGACAUGGAUGUCUCUAGCACGGUUGGAUGGUUUACUACCAUUUCUCCCUUCAACAUCAACGUUUCAACAAACAGCAUAUUAAACAUAGUACAUACGUUGAGAGCUACGAAGGACACAAUGAAAAGUGCCCGGACAUCUGCGCAGUACUACCUAGAUCAUAUUUUGACUCUGGGUUUUCGAGGUGACCUGACAAUGGAAAUUCUCUUCAAUUACGAAGGACACUACCAACAGCUAGAACAGGAAGAUGGCUUGUUCAAGAUGCUUCCCAUUCCAACUCCGGACUUUGGUGACACAGUGAAACGUUUGGCAAUCUUUGACAUCGCUGUUGUUGUCAAAGAAGGGAAAGUGGAAUUUGAUUUCACCUUCAAUGUCAAGUCAAGCCACCAAGAUCGCAUUGUGUCAUGGGUUAAGAAGACAGAGGCAACAUUAAACGAUAUGGCAACUCAAUUCCCGUCGUUACCACGGCAGUAUUGUCUGUCGGACUUUCCCUUGCUGGGACUUGAUUACCAAGGCCUCGAAGGUUUCACUGCCGAUCUUGAAAGUCGGCUUUCCCAUUUGCGCCCACAACACCAUCCCUUCAUUAUCGAAGAAGCUUAUCAGUGUACUGGUACACAAGAAGGUCUUCUAUUAGCUCAGGGAAAACGUGCAAGCAAUUACGCCGUUCACGAGAUUGCUGAAGUUACGACUUCAACAGACGAACCUGUAGACGCAGGCCGACUCCGGGAUGCUUGGAUUCAGGUGGUUCAACGUCACCCAAUAUUACGGACGGUAUUUGUGGACCACCCGACCAACACCGGUUAUCAUGCACAGGUAGUUUUAGCACAUGUCAUCCCUGCGGUUGACGUGCUCAGCUGUCAAUCCAUGGAUGCUGCCAUCGCGGCAUGGAAGCAAACACCUGCAAGUAGCUAUGCAACGUCAAGGCUGCCUCAUCAUAUGAGUAUCUGUGGAACAAUUGACGGCCAUGUACUUUUCAAAUUUGAGUUCAGCCAUAGUAUUCUUGAUGCGCAGUCUGUACAGAUUCUUUUGAGGGACAUGGCACUUGCAUAUGCCGGCAGCUUGGAUGAGGAGCAGAGCAUACCAAGAUUUAGCCAAGUACUACAGCACAUCCAAGAGCGAGAUGAAUCUGGAGAUGCCGAGUAUUGGAAGACGAAGCUUACAGGGGCUGAACCUUGCUGCAUUCCUGACCUUUCCGAAGGUUCGGAGGAGCACAAAGUGGGAAUUCACCCUCUCCAGCUAGAUAUUUCUCCAGAUAUCAUCCAGUCCUUUUGCAAGACCCACGGCGUUACACCGUUUGCGAUCUUGCAGGCCGCUUGGGCCAUGGUUCUCAAGACCUACACAUUCAUGGAUUGUGUCUCAUUCGGCUACUUAUCCUCUGGACGCAAUGCUCCAAUCGAUGGUAUCGAGGAUGUUGCUGGAGCUCUUGUUAACAUGCUUGUCUCACAUUCAAAACUCUCGCAUGAAGCAACGAUAUUGGAGGUUAUCGCGUUAAUGCAGCAAAUGCUUACAGAGAAUCUCACUCAUCAGUACUGUCCGCUAAGUGAGAUUCAGCACACUCUUGAGCUUGGCGGACAGCCCUUGUUCAAUACUGUGCUGGACUUUCAGCGCACUGACGACAGUAUAGAUUCGUCUUCCCUAAUUUCAAUCAAUCUUCUUGAUGCCCAUGACCCUACCGAGUUCAAUCUUACUGUUCAUUUCGAACUCAACCAACGGGCUUUAUCCGGGUAUGUGGCGUACUGGACGUCUGCAGUGGCCCCCGAAUACGCACAGCAUAUCGGUGAGGCACUGACGUUGGCUCUUCGAAGUAUUCUCGAAAAGCCGCAGCAGAAGAUCAGUGAGGUUAACCUUGCUGGCCAACUUUCGCUUGAUCGAUUUGUCAAGAUUAACACACCUGCUCCUGUUGCCAGGAUGGAAUGCCUGCACGAGAUCUUUCGUCAACAUGCUGCAGCAACACCGUCGGCACCUGCCGUCUUUUCCACUGAGAUGUGUCUCACUUUUGGUGUUCUAGAUCUCCUUUCCAACAGGCUGGGAAAUUAUCUGGCAGAUAUGGGAGUCGGACCUGAGGUCAAGGUUCCCAUGUGCUUCGAGAAGUCUGCUUGGGCUAUUGUGUCCAUGUUCGCAGUCUGGAAGGCUGGCGGCUGCCUUGUGGCCCUGGACCCGUCGCACCCAGAAUCUCGUCUUCGUGGUAUUCUAGACGACAUAUCAGCAACGCUCAUCCUUAUGUCGCCUCAAACGCUUGAGAAAUGUCGUAGCAGUUUGGGCAACGAAGUCCGCCCUAUCAUUGUUGACAGUGAUAGCCUGGAGUCGAUGCUAGACGACCUACCUCGAAGCUCGAUCGUGAAGCCUGAGAACGCUGCUUAUAUAAACUUCACAUCAGGGACCACGGGUAAGCCGAAGGGCGUAGUAAUUGAGCACAAAGCAAUAGUCAGCAAUGUGGAACCACUGGCAAAGACAUCGGACAUCACCAAUUUCACACGUGCAUUACAGUUCUCUUCUUACGCCUGGGACGCUUUCUAUUGCGAGACAAUUAUGCCUCUCUUGUCUGGAGGUUGUACAUGUGUCGCAAGUGAUCACGAGAGAUCUCAUGAUAUCGCUGAGUUCAUGAGGCGCGCCGAUGUCACAUGGGCCCUGUUUACGCCAUCAUUUGCCAGGCUUCUUACUCCGUCAGACGUGCCUACCCUGCGCACUUUACUCCUUGGCGGCGAAGCCAUGUCAGCAGAUGACAAAGCCACCUGGACAAAAUCCGUUGUUUUGAAGAAUGCCUAUGGACCAUGCGAGGCUUCGAUCAUUGCCCUUAUGCAUCCAGAUAUUUCCUUGGCUCGCAGCGAACACAAUCUGAGCCAGCGUCUAGGACAAACAUUGUGGGUCGUUGAUCCGACAAACUUUCAUAAACUGGCGCCGGUGGGCGCUCCGGGAGAAUUAGUUCUUGGUGGUCCCCCUAUUGGUCGGGGCUACAUCAAUGAGCCGAUCAAGACGGCCGAGGCUUUUGUGAUAAACCCCGAGUGGUUCACCAACACUCCCAUCCUGGCCGAGAGCGGCUUCACGCCUAAGUUCUACCGUACUGGCGAUCUUGUAAGACUUAACACUGAUGGCACAGUCGGUUUCAUUGGCCGAAAGGACGAGGAUCAAGUCAAGCUUCGUGGGCAACGCAUGGAGCUUGGUGAGGUCGAGCAGUGUAUAAUGAGCAACAUGCCGUCCGCCAAACAGGUCGCGGCUGCUGUUAUCUCGCGGUCAGGUCAGGCAGAGCACAAGCAGCUAGUCGCUUUCGUCACUUUCUCAGGAACCGUCAACGCUUCAGGCCAAUUGUCUAGCGAGCCACAGGCCUUACCAAUUUCCGACGAACUCUUCAAGGCGCUCAAGACUUUGGUAAGCACUAUGGCGGAACACCUUCCAUCUUUCAUGGUACCUUCGAUGUUUGUACCUGUCAGUCGUAUUCCUCUGGGUUCAACUACAAAGAUCGACCGGAAGGCACUUGCCGAGAUAGCCCGUCAAAUUCCCUUUAAUGACUUGGCACGCUAUUCUCUUACAGCCUUAGCAGAGGUUCGACAGCCUAGUACACCACUCGAGACCGCUCUGCAUUUACUGUUUGCAGAAGUUCUGGCUAUUCCACCCUCCUCACUUUCUGUGAUUGACGGCUUCUUUCAACGUGGUGGUGACUCAAUGAAAGCUAUCAAGCUCGUUUCAGCUGCGAGACAAUCCAAUGUCAGUUUCACUGUUGUAGAUAUCUUCAAUAACCCUACAAUCACAGCAUUGGCCAAUGUCGCCAGAUAUAUCGACCCCAAUGCUGCGAAUCAGUCAACUAAGGAAGACGAGAUUGUGGCCAUUGAAGCCGAGAAGAUUCGAACAGAGGCAGUCAGAGUUGCUUCAGAAGAACACAAGAUGAAGCCGGGCCAAAUUCAAGAUGUGUACCCUUGCACCGAGCUUCAAGACACGAUGUUGGCGCUAUCUCUGAACAGUCCGGGCUCUUACAUGAUGCAACUUGUAACAGCUAUAUCUGAGGACGCAGAUCUUGAAGGUUAUCUGGACGCGUGGAAAGCAGUCCGUCGGAACAACGAGAUUUUUCGCACACGAAUCAUAAACACCGGGGAGAAGCGCUAUCAAGUUGUUUACAAUGAUAGAAUGGUGAUCAAGAAUGUUGAUUCGCUGCAGCAUUAUCUUGAUACGGAUAGGAAGAAACCAAUGGGCUAUGGAGAUGCCCUCGCACGUUUUGCCUUGAUCGGUGAAGAGGACGAGCAACAGUACUUCGUCUGCACGUUACAUCAUGCAAUCUACGACGGUUGGUCCAUGUCUCUGAUUAUGGACCAAGUAUCCCAGGCAUGCCAAUGGAAACCCUUGGCCAAACCACCUCCAUUCGCGGAGUAUGUGCGGUAUCUUGAAGGCCAAGAUCGUAGUGCUGCUGAGGCCUUUUGGCUCUUUGAGCUCUCGGGUGCCUCCACCUGCGACUUUCCCCGAUUGCCCAGCUCAUCAUAUCAGGCAUCUGCUGGUAAAACAACAGAGCGUAUCAUGUCCCUUGGGCAACAAGACAACAAUAUUCCACUCGCCGCCGUUGCUAAGACUGCCUGGGCUCUCCUCCUCGGAUUAUACUCUGGCUCAGAUGAUAUCGUCUUUGCGACUACAAAUGCCGGGAGAAAUUUACCAUUAGAUGGACUUGCCGAAAUGGUUGGGCCGACCAUCACAACAAUACCAGUGCGCAUCCGUUUGGAUCGAACCCGCAAGGUUCGCGACAUUGUCGACGCUGUCCAUGAGCGUUCACUCUCCUCAACUAGUUACGAGUAUCUUGGUCUGCAGAAUAUCAGGCAUAUCAGCGAUGAUUGUAACGUAGCAUGCGACUUGCGCAGCUUGUUCGUGGUCCAACCUGGUAGUCUCGAUGACGUUGGCUUUACAGGUGUCUCAGGCGUCACUAUUAUGCCUACUGAAGCCACAGGCUUCUUCACACAACCUUUAGUGGUCGAAUGUUAUAUGGACAAGGAACAUUUGAAGCUCUGUGCAAGCUUUGACGAGAAUAUUCUCACUUCUCACCAAGAGUUGAGCAAUAUCAACCUCUUAUGUUCUGAUGAUACUCGGGAUGUCUUUGCUUGGAAUUCUGAGAUGCCUGCCAAACUGAACGAAUGUGUCCAAGAUGUCAUUGGAGAUCGGCUUCGGGAGUUCUCGUCUGCCACGGCGAUUUCAUCCUGGGAUGCUCAAAUGACGUACCAGGAGCUUGAUCAUAUCUCGUCCCGUUUUGCCUCUUAUUUGCAAACGGAAAUGGACGUGAAGUCUGGUGACCUAAUCCCUCUAUCAUUCGAGAAGUCUAUUUGGGCGGUUGUAGCCAUGUUAGCUGUCGUCAGGGCUGGUGGCGCAUUUGUCUUCCUCGACACUAAGAUGCCGUUCAAGCGCCAAGAAUUCAUUAUCAAUUCCUCAAAGUCAAAUUUCAUUCUCAGCUCAGAGAAGAACCAGUUCCUAUGGAAUGGCUCCCAGUGGUGCGUCAUUGAAGUGAGCCGGACAGUUUCCCAGAACCUGCCUUCAAGUAAGGCACCGACCGUCUGCAACAGCCCUGACAGCUUGCUGUACGCCAUCUACACAUCCGGAAGCACUGGUGUUCCGAAGGGAUGUCUGAUUGAGCAUUCCGCAUUCUUGAGCAGCACUGCCAGCUACACAAGGUCGCUAUUGAUGGAUCGGAAUAGUCGAGUACUUCAAUUCUCUUCUUUCGCUUUCGAUGUUAGUAUAAUGGAGUCACUUGCUGUGCUUACUGUAGGUGGCUGUAUCUGCAUUGCAAGUGAAGAGGCAUUUGAAGCCGGCAUCGCUUCUAUGAUUCAGGAGACCGAGUCUAACUGGGCCUCUUUGACUCCUUCCGUAGCUAGGCUCAUGAACCCGGUAGAUGUUCCUACUCUCAAGACGCUAGCCCUUGUUGGUGAGCCACUCAGUUCGGAAGACCUGAAAACCUGGGCUGGGAACUUGAGGCUACAAAAUGGUUAUGGGCCGACCGAAUGUUCGAUUCUUUGUGUCAUCAACCCCAAUCUAAGGACCGAGACAGACGCUAGCAACACUGGUUAUGGUAGUGGAGGGUUGACAUGGGUCGUCGACCCUAAUGAUCCUAAUAUUCUGAUGCCAGUCGGGUGCCCCGGGGAGCUUCUGAUGGAAGGGCCGAUUCUUGCUCGUGGAUACCUUGACCAGCCCGAGACUACGGCUUCCGCUUUUAUUGAAGGUCUUAAAUGGUCCCCAAAAGGGCGCUUCUACAAGACCGGAGAUCUAGUGCGCUAUAAUGUGGAUGGUUCCAUUCACUGCCUAGGCCGCAAAGAUAACCAAGUGAAGGUUCGGGGACAGAGAAUUGAGCCGGGGGAAAUAGAGGAGAAAAUUGACGGACAAUCUAUUGUUGACCAUUCCUGUAUCGUUCUUCCGAAAUCUGGUCCAUACGCCAAUAAGCUGGUCGGAGUCGUUGUUCUUGAGGAGUUCGUGGCGGCUGCGGCGGCUGUACCUCUGCAACUCAUCGACAGAAAACAUAACGGAGUCGGCACUUUGAGAGUGGUCGAAAUGCGUGAGACAUUGUCAGAGUUUCUACCUGUCUAUAUGAUUCCUGAGAUAUGGAUUUUGGUGACUGCCACUCCACUGUCUAUCUCAGGCAAGACGGAUCGCAAAGCAAUCCGCCAAUGGGUCGAGUCAAUCAACGAAGAGCUUCAGCGCCAGAUUGAUUAUCUGAUAACACCAGAAAGCAGGAGAGAAAUGCCCACGACAGAGGAGGAGAAGCGAUUACAUGCCAUCGUUUGUGGUGUGCUUAAUCUGGUACCUGAACAAGCAGGAGUCAACCAAUCUUUCAUGAGUCUUGGAGGCGACUCUAUCAGCGCAAUGCGACUGGUGGCUAAGUGCCGCACUGAAGGGUUUUUGAUCAGUCUUAACAGGAUUCUGAGUCGAGCCAGUAUUUCCCAGCUCGCUCUAAGCUCAAUUGAGAAUACGAAGCCAGCAGUCAUUCCCAUGGUCGCUUCAGCUGACCUUGGGAAAGCCUUUGCACUUACACCAAUUCAGCAACAUUACAUCAAUGUACAAAUGAAUUUCCCAGGAACUGAACCUGGUAAAGAGUUCACAGGACGUCGCCGCUUUCACCAAAGCUUUUUCUUACGUCUGAAACGGGCUGUGGAGUCAUCGAUCCUGAUUGAUGCCCUGCGACAGAUUGUACAGCGUCACUCAAUGCUCAGUGCGACCUUUUCUAAGAAUGAUAGCGGUGUAUGGGAGCAGAGAACCGCGACCGGCACCAUUGCACCUGAAGUUGUCCUGGUAAAUGAUGCCCAUACAUUCGACCAAGUCCUUUCAGCCGUUGCGUCUUCCAAUCAUCUCGACACCAGGGACGGACCAGUGUUUAGGGCGGUUUUCUUCCGGAACAAUAUAGAAAGCCAGGGUCAACUCCUCUUCAUGACCGCACACCACUUGGCGAUUGAUCUGGUAUCUUGGCGUGUUGUCCUAGAUGAGUUGGAGCAGUUGAUUAGCUCAAAGCCGCUUUCACCCCCCGACAGUAUCAGUUUCCAGACGUGGGCAGGGUUACAAUCAUCCUACAGCGAAGCAAGUUUAAACCCUCGGUCUGCUUUGCCGAUCGAGCUUCAUCCUAACGAUGACUUAUUUUGGGGAGUCACUGCCCCUUCGUAUAAUACAUACGGCAUGACAACUACACAGACGUUCACCCUCGAUAAGGUUAACACGACCUUGUUAACAAACCAGUGCCACAAAGUGCUGCGGACGGAUAUUGUGGAUAUUUUACUGGCAUCUAUUUUGACUGCCUUUAGUGAUAUGUUCCGCGAUCGCAAUACCCCAACUGUCUUUGUUGAAGGCCAUGGCCGGGAGCCUUGGGAUGAAGCCAUUGAUAUCGGGUCUACAGUUGGCUGGUUCACGACAGUGAGCCCUGUAUCUACUCGGAUUCGCGCGCACGACGAGCAGUUUCAGACGAUCCGUCAGAUAAAAGACAUACGUCGAUCUAUUCCGAAGAACGGAUGGGCUUAUUUCGCAUCGAGAUUCCUCAAUCCUGCUGGGCGCGAAGCCUUUCACGAUGAUAGCAUAGCUGAAAUUCUUUUCAAUUUUGCUGGCCAAUUCCAACAGUUUGAAAACAAUGGAGGCCUGUUCGUUGAUUGCGAGCACGAGCUCACGGGAGAUGCAUCGGAAGUCGGCCAAGACACGACUCGUCUUGCGCUCAUUGAGGUAUCCUCACUUAUCAAAAAUGGGGAGCUGCAAAUGUCCUUCAUUCUGAACAAACACAUGCACCACAUGGAUCGCCUCGAGCAGUGGAUCAGCUCCAUACCUAACACAUUGAAAUCAAUCCUUGAAAGCCUGUGCAACAAGGACUUGUUCACAAUUCCAACUUUGAGCGACUUCCCGCUGUUACGAACAACACAUCAUAAGUUGGAUACCCUUUUGGCAGAUGUUUGCAAACGUUUCAGCGCAGCUUCUUGGACAAGUGUUGAGGACAUUUUCCCCUGUACGCCGUUGCAGACCGCUAUGUUGCUCAGUAGUGCUGCGAAUCCAGAGCAUUACCGCACGUGUGCUAUCUUCAAGGUGACCAGCCCUUCAGAACUGACCGCCGACAAAUUGGGUCAGGCAUGGAGUAAAGUCGUCGAACACCACUCGUCCCUCAGAACCGUUUUUGUCGCCGCUCAGUCGUCUGAGGGAGCAUUUGAUCAGGUUGUCUUCAAGACACUCACGCCCCAGGUGCAGGUAGUCGACUUCGAUAGAGCUACUGCGCUUGAAACAUUGAUUGAGCGAUCACCUUCUCAGUGGUCGAAUGGGUCUCCACAUACUUUGACUGUCUGCCAGACGCACGACGGAGUAUUGUGCAAAUUAGAAAUAAGCCAUGCCUUGAUGGACGGCGCUUCUAUGAACUUGAUUUGUGGUGAUCUUGUUGCAGCUAUUGAAGAUAAGCUUCCCGAGGAACCCAGCCCACCAUUCAGCAAUUAUGUCAAGUACCUCCAAGGAAAGACUUCGGACGAUGCCUUGAGUUACUGGAUGCAAUAUCUUCAUGGCGCCGACCCCUGUCAUAUACCCGCCAUCAAGCCCUUGAGUGGUUCUGGCGACUUGGUCGAAUCGCCUUCUGUCGCCGUCCCAGUCUCUGAUAGUCUAGGGCGAUCACUCAGUGCCUUCGCUGAAGCACAGGGGAUCACGCCAGCAUCUGUCAUUCAAGCUGCAUGGGCGAUGGUCCUUCGCUGUUACACACAGUCUAAUGACAUUACUUUCGGAUAUGCGGUUGUUGGCCGGGACAUCCCUGUCGAGGGCAUUGAUAAAAUUGUUGGCCCUUUUAUCAAUGUCCUUCCGUGUAGGUUGGACAUGACCAAUGUUGCACUGAGCACAUUGGACUUGGCCUCGCGAGUUCAGCAAGACUUCUUCAAUAGUGCACCAUUCCAACAGGUCUCGCUUGCUGAGAUUCAACAUGACCUCAAACUCAGUGGUCGUCCUUUGUUUGACACCGUGGUCUCGAUCCAGCGUUACGAUGAGGCGUCGAUGACCUCUUCGUCUGGAGUGCAUAUGGAUAUAGUUCAUAGCAAUGAUCCGAAUGAGUUCUCUGUCACCUUGAAUGCUGCAUAUUCAGCAGGUCGGCUUGGCGCCGUUCUUCGAUUCUCACCGCAAAACGGAGUUACCAACGCUCGCGCAAAGAGUAUUGCGUACUCGUUCAACAUGGCGCUAAGAGCCAUCCUUGAGUCGCCCGAAGAACCAGUCAACAAGACGAACUUGUUCAGCACUCAGGACCAAAGCGUUGUAGAGGAAUGGAACACUCAUGUCCCAGCGCUCAUAAAUGCAUGUGUGCAUGACACAAUUCAAUUACGCGCAAUCGAUCAGCCUGGAGCUCCAGCUGUUAAUGGUUGGGAUGGCGAGCUCUCAUACAGACAGUUGGACGAAUAUUCCACUCGCCUCGCACAACACCUUAUACAACGUGGUGCUCGCUCGGGAGUCAUGGUGCCUUUCUGUUUUCAAAAAUCUGUUUGGGCCAUUGUUUCUAUCCUUGCUAUCCUGAAGUCAGGAGCCGCAUUUCUGCCAUUAAACAAAAAUGACCCACAAGAGCGCAUUCGCUCGUUGAUUGAUGAGGCGCGGGCAACUUUCGUGCUGGCCUCCCCUGAUCAAGCUAAAAAGCUAGAAUCAUUUAUCGAGACCCUGAUUGUUUCGGGUUCCUCAAUUACAGACUUACCUGAACUUACUCAGUUGUCACCAAACAGUAGGCCAAGCGACCCUGCUUACGUCCUCUUCACUUCUGGUAGCACGGGUAAGCCGAAAGGUGUCGUUAUUGAACAUCGCGCUCUUUCCAGCAACAUCGCCGAACACGCACCAGGUCUGGGAUUUAAUCCUGCCUCGCGCGUUCUUCAGUUCGCAUCUUAUACUUUCGACGCAUCUAUCACAGAAAUACUAGCAACAUUGGUCAGCGGUGGUUGCGUCUGUGUGCCUUCAGAUGAAGAGAGAACCACCGAUGUAGAAAGCGCGAUGCGACGGCUGGGGGUCACUUUCGCUAUGCUGACGCCAUCGGUAGUCCAACUCCUCUCACCUGAUAACUUGCCCACUCUGGAAACACUCGCCCUCGUGGGAGAAGCUGUGCCAAAGACGCUCAUAAACAAGUGGUCCGAAAAGCUCAAUCUGCUUGUGGGAUAUGGCCCAACAGAAACCGCAGUUUUUGCCUCUAUCGGUCAUUUAACUCCGCAUGAAGACAGCGGCUUCAUCGGAAAAGCUGCCGGCACAGUAACUUGGAUUGUCGAUCCUGAGGAUCAUAACUUACUAGCUCCCAUCGGUUCUAUAGGUGAGCUAGUACUUAGCGGGCCAACCUUGGCGCGCGAAUAUCUACAUAACCAAACCAAAACUGCCGAGGUUUUUGUGUCGACUCCUACAUGGGCACGAUCACGCGCUAUCAGUCGAGUGUACAAGACCGGCGACUUGGUAUAUUACCGAGAUGAUGGCGGAAUCAUGUAUGUUGGCCGCAAGGACAGCCAGGUCAAAAUUCGGGGUCAACGUGUUGAGUUGGGAGAGAUUGAGCAACAAAUUCUGGGCUGUUUGCCGCCGCUCUCAGAGGCUGUUGUAGCCGUACUCAAGCACAAUGGAGCCUCGUCGGCACUGCGACUAAUUGCUUUCAUGUGCAUCCCAGGCUUCAAUUCUGAAACUGGUGAUACUGGCCCGCUCUCACUGACACCUAGCCUCAGUGCUCUCCUGUCUGGCCUGCAGACAGCACUAUUGAACAAGAUCUCAGCUUACAUGGUUCCCUCUCUUUACAUACCCUUGGAUCUUUUACCUAAGUCGGCUGCCGGGAAAGCGGACAGGAACGCCAUGGUGCAAAUCGCCCAAUCGCUUAGCAAAGAACAGCUCGACACAGUUUGGGCAUCGGUUCUCGGCAUCUCAGAUGACUCCAUUGGUGCCGAUGACCACUUCUUUAAGCUGGGUGGUGACUCUCUGACGGCCAUGAAGGUCGCAUCACAGCUGCGAGCUCAAGGUGUUUCUCUUUCAGUCCCCGAAAUUUUCACGCAUCCCAUACUAUGCGACGUUGCCGUUCUUCUAGAGAAGAGCGCAAGCACCAGUGAUGCCGAUCCUGCGCAGGUGGCCUUGCCCUUUGAACUGGUAGACAACAAGCAGUCAGUGUUGCAAGCAGCCCGUGCAUGCGUCAAAGCACCAUCAGGAAUUGUUGAGGAUGCUUAUCCAGCCACACCUCUUCAACAAGCGCUUUUUGCUCUGACUCUCAAUAACCCCAGUGCAUACGUCAAUCGUAUGGUCUUCAAGCUACCCGAAGACAUUGACCUUGAUCGCUUCAAAGCUGCUUGGAAAUCAGUGUAUUCCCUAACUCCAAUUCUUCGAACUGCUAUUAUCAACACAGAGAGUUGUGGGACCUGUCAAGUGGUUUACAUGACUGACAUGUCGUGGACAGAAACUCACGGUGACCUGCACCAUUAUCUGGAUAUUGAUGUACUGAAUCACAUUAGCGAAGGCCAAUUACUCGCCAGAUUCGGCCUUGUCCAUGAUUAUUCUGCACACUAUUUCAUUUUGACAGCUCACCAUGCUGUCUAUGAUGGCUGGUCUACUGGUCUGUUGUUUGAGAUGGUUCGCGAAGCCUACGAAGGCAAGCCCAUUAAGCCAUUAGCACCAUACACGAAUUUCAUUCAAUACCUGAAUGGUCUCGACCAAGACGAAAAUUCGAGGUACUGGCAAAAUCAGUUACAAGACUAUGAACGGGUGGACUUUCCAGCUUUACCCUCUCCGACGUACCAAGUUAACAGUGAUCGGGUGGUAGAAAGAACUACCGAGCUUACUUUGGGCUCGAGAAGCUCAGAAGUGACGUUGGCUUCAUUGUUAAAAGCUGCGUGGGCAUUAGUCGUCUCAAAACAAACAGGAAGCACUGACGUCGUCUUUGGAUCGACGCAGAGUGGCCGAAAUGCACCAGUUUCUGAUAUACACCGAGUUCAAGGCCCUACCAUCGCAACGGUGCCAGUGCGGGUCAAGAUUGAUCAUUCGCAGCACGUUGGCCAUUAUUUACACAGCGCACACGUCCAAAGUGCCAAUAUGAUUUCGUACGAGCAAACCGGUCUUCAACGGAUCAAGUCUCUUGGUCGUGGGCCAGAGGACGCCUGCGACUUCCGCAAUUUGCUUGUCAUUCAGACUCACAGCCAAACUAAUUCAACCCAAUUUAAGUGGAUCACACCCAUAGACAAUGGCCUAGAAGGUUUCGACACUCUACCACUCACUAUCGAGUGUACCAUUGGUAGCGGAGGUCAAGUUGGCUUCAUCGCGCAUUUCGAUUCACAUCUACUUUCAUCAUUCCAGGUAGAACGCAUACUAGGGCAAUUUGAGUAUACUGUUCAGCAGUUAUCUGAGGCCUCACCUAGAAUGAAACUUUCAGACAUCGAAUACUUCACCCCAGAGGAUCAUGAGCUCGUAUUCAAGCAGUGGAGUACCGUUCUACCACCGAUCGUGAAGGCAUGUCUCCAAGACCGUGUCGAACAGAAUGCUUUGGAUUUUGCAGAUAAGCAGGCCAUCUGCUCUUGGGAUGCUUCGAUCACAUAUCAAGAGCUCGAUAACUUAUCGACGCGUUUGGCAUAUCAGCUCAUCUCAGAAGGUGUGGUUCCAAGGGCGAUGAUACCAUUUUGCUUCGAGAAGUCUGUCUGGGCGAUUGUAUCAAUGCUGGCAAUAUUGAAAGUCGGGGCUGCAUUUGUGCCGUUGGACCCCGAGCACCCGCAAACUCGCUUGAACGAUAUCAUUUCGCAGACAGGAGCCAACUUGCUGUUAGCUUCCGCCUCUGCUCCUAGCCUCCAAGUCGAUAAAACCUUGGUGAUAUCUGCUGCCACCAUUGCUGGUUUCCGUCCCGCGACCGGACACCCAUUGCCACCCAAAGAUCCAACCGCAACGGCAUAUGUCAUUUUCACAUCUGGAAGCACAGGCCGUCCAAAGGGCGUCAUGGCACCUCAUCAGUCUAUAUGUUCUAGCGCACCAAUGCUCGAUUUGGCUGCUGUUGGAAUUGACAAGACUUCUAGGGUGUUCCAAUUCCCUUCGUAUGUCUUCGAUGCGGCUAUCUUCAACAUCUUCGGUGCAUUGUCAGCUGGAGCAACAUUAUGUGUACCAUCGGAUGAAGACAGACUAGGACCUAAUCUUGCACGUUCGAUGCGAGACAUGCAGGUCACAUGGUCUGUAAUGACAGCAACGCUCAUCCGCCUUUUCAACCCGGAAGACGUUCCCACAUUGAGAACUAUGAAGCUUGGUGGUGAUGCAGUCUUUCAAGAGGACGUAGACCGUUGGGCCGCUAAAGUUCAAUUGAUUCAAGGCUAUGGACCAGCUGAGGCGUCAGUCUUUGUUACAUGGAGAGAGAUUAAACCGGAUAGCGCCCCUAACAACGUCGGUCAUCCCUCAAGGGCUCGUUUAUGGAUAGUUGAUCCGGACAACCACGAUGUACUUAUGCCCGUGGGUCUUGCUGGAGAGAUGCUCAUUGAGGGACCGAUCCUUGCCUCGGGUUAUUUGAACGAUGAUGUCAAAACGGCAAGUGCUUUCAUCACCGACCCAGCCUGGUGUCGCGGUCAGCAGAGGAGAUUCUACAAGACCGGCGACCUUGUUCGUUACGCUGACGAUGGAUCUUUCUUGUUCAUUGGUCGUAAGGAUGCCCAAGUUAAACUGAAUGGCCAAAGAGUGGAACUCGCUGAGAUAGAAAAUCAUUUAUUCUCGGUGCUACCAGAGAAUCAGUUGGCAGUUUUUCUUCCAGGCUCUGGUUCAUUCAAGUCCUCCCUUACGGCUAUCGUGGCGUCUGACAUCUCAGCCUCCGGAAACCUCGAGUUUAUCAAAGAAGGAACUUUGCGAGACAAUAUUACUCAAACAGUCGCAGAAGUACGAGAUGCUUUGCCCUUACGUAUUCCAAGGUACAUGAUUCCUCGCCACUGGAUCGCUGUCAACAAGCUUCCGCUCAAUUCCUCCGGCAAGAUCGACAGAAAGACGAUCCAGCGGUGGCUUGAGGAGCUGGCUCCAGACACCGCAAGAGCUCAGAGCUUGCAGUUGAAGCACGACGUCACGGAUACUGAACCCGCCACUGAUACUGAGAGUACACUUCAGAAGGCUCUUGGUAGGGUUCUCAACAUGUCGCCUAAGAGCAUCCCUUUCAAUAGAUCGUUCAUGGCCCUCGGUGGUGACUCAAUCACUGGCAUGCAGCUUGUCUCAAGACUUCAGGCAUGUAAUGUCGUGCUUAGUGUUCGUCAGCUUUUAGAAAGCAAAACCAUCAGAGAGCUGGCUGCAUCUGCUCAGAUCAGAACUCAGAAGGUUGAGAUGAUUCAGGAAACCAUUGAAACCGCGUUCGAACUAUCCCCUAUUCAGAAGAUGUUUAUAGACACGAUCUGUCCGACGUCGUCACGAUCGAGACGAUUCAAUCAGAGUUUCCUGCUUCAAAUCACUCGCUUCAUAAGCGAAGAAAGAUUGGCUUCAGCCUUCGGCUAUGUUACUGAACGGCAUUCAAUGCUGCGUGCUCGCUACACGCAAAGUCCCGAUGGUCAUUGGACUCAGCGCAUUUUGCCCGUAACAGCAGAGUCUUGCCGAUUUUCUAUUCACCACAACGAUGAUCUUUCACGGGUGAUGGCUGAAAGCCAGAACAAUCUCGAUAUCAUCGAUGGCCCUGUGUUUGCUGCUGACUUAUGCAUUAAUGAAGACGGGUCACAAGUAUUGUUCUUGGCGGCCCACCAUAUGGCUGUUGACCUCGUAUCAUGGCGCAUUAUAUUGAAUGACCUAGAGGAAUACCUCACAAGUACAGCCGCGGUGUCUCAGGAACGGCCAUUGCCUUUCCAGACAUGGCUAUCAUUACAGCUUGCAAAGGCCCAGAAGAUACAGCCAGAGACGGCGCUGCCCUUCGACUUACCAAAAGCAGACUUAACCUACUGGAAUGUGCCGAACGACUCCAACACGUUCGGAAAUAUCGUUGAAAACGAGUUUGAACUAGAUGCUCAAAGCACCGCGUCCCUGCUCAAUGAAUGCAGCACAGCACUUGGUACGGACACUGUCGACAUCCUGAUGGGCUCUUUGAUUCAUGCUUUCGCACAAACGUUCCAGGACCGCAAUCUCCCGAAUAUAUUCACCGAGGGCCAUGGCCGCGAGUCCUGGGAUGAUUCCAUUGAUGUGUCCUCCACGGUCGGGUGGUUUACAACCAUGUAUCCAGUCCACAUCAAUGCAGAUAUGGACGAGCAUGUCACUCGUUUUAUCAGAAAAGUGAAAGACCGUCGCAGACAGGUUCCCAUGAACGGCUGGCAGUACUUUGUCAGCCGUUUCUUGACUGACCAGGGGAAGCGACACUUCGCGCGCGAUGGUCCUGUUGAAGUCAUCCUCAAUUUCGCUGGGCAGUACCAGCAAUUGGAACGAUCGGAUGCACUCUUCCAGCUCGUACCGCGUGACGAUUAUGGUGCCGAAACCUGCGAUAUUAGUCCAGACAUGCAACGCUCUUCAAUCAUAGAGAUCUCAUCCGGUAUCAGUAACGGCUGCUUGAAGGUCACGUUCAUGUCCCCAAAUACCAUGAGACGACUGGACCAGAUGCAACAGUGGUCCGAUAACACCAAACAGUCAUUGACCGCCGCAAUCAACAGACUGCAAGGCUUAGUCAGGGAGUUCACCGUCAGCGACUUCCCAUUACUGUCUCUUACAGAUGAUGAGUUCGAAAGCUUUGUCCAUGACUCUUUACCGAAGCAGAGAAUUACGGAUAUGCGGGUCGUGGAAGACAUGUACCCCGCUACGGCUCUGCAGGAAGCUUUGAUGAUGUCUCGAAGCAUCGACUCUGAUUUGUACGCAGUGCGCGUCGUUUACAGGGUUUCCGAGCCGGAUGGUCGACCGGUGAAUCUAGAUCGGCUACAAGCUGCGUGGGGAGCGGUCAUGGACCGGCACCAGACUCUGCGUACUGUAUUCGUUGACACUGUAUCAGAGCGAAGUGCGCUUACUCAAGUCGUCCUUAAGACACUACCGCAGACGACAGUCAAAAUUGCCAGCGACACCGAUUCUGAUGCAAUCCGAACGCUAGAAAGACCGAACGCGUUCGCACCAGGCGCUACAUGGGAGAUUGCUGGUCCUUGCCAGCUGACAAUAUGCCAUGUCAUUUCCACCGGUAACGUUUACUGCAAGAUCGAUGUCAAUCAUGCUGUCACGGACGGCGCAUCUAGCGGUAUUCUCGUCCGAGAUCUUGGUCUUGCGUAUCAGGGCCUCCUUCCCACUGAAAGUGGUCCGCUAUACAGCAGUUUUGUCUCUCAUCUUCUCAGCAGUGACAAGCAAGCCAGUCUGGAAUACUGGGGCAAAUAUUUGGUUGGUCUCGAACCAUGCAUGGUCAAUAAUGGGUUGCCAACCAGCGAGAAGAAAGAACUCCACGAUUUGGAAUUCACAAUUCCCAACCCUGCAAAAUUACGGGCCUUCUCGGCUUCUAAUUCCGUUACUCUCGCCAAUCUGUUCCAAGCCGCUUGGGCUAUGGUACUUCGGAACUUCGCCAAUACUGACCAAGUAUGCUUCGGCUAUCUGAAUGCAGGCCGUGAUGCCCCAGUUGAAGGGAUUCGUGAUGCAAUCGGACUUUUCAUCAGCAUGCUCGUCAGCCGGGUUGACUUCACUGAGGAUCUUGACGCGCACAGCCUCAUGAAAAACGUCCAGACCGACUAUGUCAACGCAUUGGACUACCAGAACUGCUCCUUAGCUGAUAUGCAGAAGAUGGCUGGGCAUACACUUUUCAAUAGUAUUAUGUCCUAUCAGACUAUAUCAGAAAACAACGACGUCCAGACUGGUCUCGAGUUCGAACAAAUCAACGCCCAUGAUCCUACAGAGUAUGCGCUGAGCAUUAGCGUCGCGGUAGCUGAUACGUCGAUUCAUGCCACCCUCAGUUACUACACGGAUAUCGUCUCAGACUUCCAGGCAAACGGUAUCGCCACAAGCUUUGAAAAGGCCAUUGAUGGCCUCGCUGGUUCUCCCCCCCAAACUCCUGCCCGGCACAUUCCCGUAUUGGGGGACCGCGAUAUCGAGAACAUCAAGAGGUGGAAUGCGAAUUACCCCAAGACCGUUUCGCGAUGCGUGCACCACAUGAUCGAGGACCAGGUUAACGCCGACCCCGAGGCACUCGCUGUUUGCUCUACUGACACCAACUGGACUUACAGCGAACUCAACGAAUUUGCCAAUCGAUUAGCCCAUCGUCUAGCGAUCCUUGGAGUCCGUCCUGGAUCGAAAAUCCCAUACUGUUACGAUGCUUCACCGUGGGCCAUUGUCGUCAUGCUUGCCAUUCUCAAAGCUGGUGGAGCAUGCGUGGCGUUGGAUCCUAAACACCCACUAGAUCGUCUGCACGGUAUACUUGAAGAUGUCGAUGCUGACAUUGUCAUUGCUGCUCCCCACCACGCGUCAAAAUUCCUGCCUGUGGCAGCUGUAAUGGCACUUGGUCCUGAUGAGCUAAAGCGCUUGAGCACCACCCUUCGACAGAAGACAAAGGCGCUCCCCGAGACGCACAGUGAAGAUGUUGCGUUUGUCAAUUUCACCUCUGGCAGUACUGGCAAGCCAAAAGGCAUACUCCUACAACAUCAAGCUAUCUGUACAAGCAGUUCGUUCUAUGGUGCCGCAAUGGGUUAUGGCCCUGGCUCCCGGGUUGUACAGUUCUCAUCUUAUACUUUUGAUCUCAGUCUAAGUGACAUAUUCUUCUCGCUUAUGCGUGGGGGCGCUGUUUGCGUGCCCACAGAAUAUGAAAAGCACAACGAUCUCUCCGGGUUCAUUAACCGUCUUGAUGUCAAUACGGCUGAUUUGACGCCCUCUGUCCUAGAGGCGAUGCUCCAACCAGAGGCAGUUCCCGGACUGAAGACAAUUUGUCUUGGUGGUGAAGCCGUCAAGCAGGAUAAUCUUUCAGCCUGGGCUGAUAAAGUAGCCCUGCACAACUAUUACGGCCCUUCCGAAUGUUCCGUUGCAUGCGUUGGUCGAUCGAAUCUCGCACACACGGAUCAAGCAUCUGACAUUGGUGUUGGUUGCGGAGCUUUGACAUGGGUCGUGGAGGCUGAUAACCCUUAUAAGCUCGCUCCUCUAGGAACUGUUGGUGAGUUGGUGCUCGAAGGCCCGAUUUUGGCUCAGGGCUACCUCAAACUUCCGGAGAAGACGGCAGAGGCGUUCAUUUGCGAUGUCACAUGGCCCGGCUUCACUGAACCCAGGCGUUUGUAUAAGACAGGUGAUUUGGUGCGGUAUACACAAAACGGCAGCCUUGAGUAUCUCGGCCGCAAAGAUACUCAAGUCAAAAUUCGUGGCCAGCGUGUCGAAAUUGGCGAGAUCGAACAUCAUGCCAUCCUUCACUCCUCCAUCCAUGGUCAGAUCGCGGUCGAGGCAGUCACGAUACCAGGACGAGUUGGACUUAUUCUGGCCGCUUUUGUCGCUAUUGGCUCUCAGAUCGAUGUCUGCACAGACACAGCACUUCCUAAGGACCUGGGAACUGUGCUUCGCAAUUUGCAAGCCUCUUUGACAGCGUCACUUCCAGGUUACAUGGUACCUUCGCUGUUUAUCCCUCUCCGUGAGCUUCCACUGAGUACAGCCGGUAAACGAGACCGUCGUGCUUUGCGACAAUUUGCUGCCGCGCUCUCCGAUGACCAGCUCCGCACCUUCUCCCUUGCGGACGAUUCCAUCGGCAAGCGGGAGCCUUCUACAUCUAUUGAGAAGCGUCUACGAUCCAUCUGGUCCAAGGUUCUCCACGUCAAGGAAACAGAUAUCGGUGUUGACGAGAGCUUUUUCCGACUGGGUGGUGAUUCAAUUGCAGCUAUGCGGCUUGCGGCGGCUUCAACGAAGGGUGGCGUUCAGGUUUCCGUACUGGACAUUAUGACGCAGAAGACAAUAUCUAAACUUGCAGCUCUGGCUGAGAGGCAGGUGGAUGAGGCUUACGCCACCCAGAGUGUCACGAGUUCGUCUGGAAACGGAAGUGAAGAACACGAGAAGAUUUCCACCCAUGGCGGUACCCCCGCACGCCUGGAUGUUGAUCCUAGCGAGGUUGAGACCAUUUACCCAUGCAUAAAUUCGCAGAGGGAUCUGCUGCAAGCAUCGAAGGCCAGCCCCGAGUCUGGGUACUACCAUAUAUCGCAAGUCUUCGAGGUGCUCCCGCGGCGCAAAGGAUCCGGAUCGGUAAAUGCACAGCAAUUCCAUGAUGCUUGGCAGCAGGUUGUGAAUCGACACCCUAUCCUCCGGACUGCUUUCCACGAUACACUGGGACAAGUUGUCUUCAAGACACAUAAAGCCGAAGUCACGUACCUGGAGCUCCAGAGCUCAGAAGAUUUGACAAGCCACAGUCUUCCGCUGCCUCUAGACAAGCUUAUCCCCUUGCACCGGCUCACAGUGGCGAAGACAUCAAUGGGUGGAGUGAUCAGCCGUCUGGACAUGCACCACGCCCUCACCGAUGGCUACUCCUUGAUGACAAUUUUCGAGGAGCUCGCACGGGCUUAUAAUGGUGCACUACCAGCUGGGCCCGGUCCUUCUAUGCAGUCUUACAUGACACAAUUAGAGGCGCUGGACCGGAAAGCCGCGUUUUCAUACUGGAAAAACAUGCUAAACGAUGCCAUCAACAUCUAUCAGUUCCCGCAAAAGACAACGGUGGGCAAGGUGGUCAGAAGAAACGUGCGUGAACUGCAUACGCAGGUCCGAAACACUAAAUUCUCCAACUUCUGCUUGGCGAAUGAGUCGACAAUGCCCUCCCUAGUUUAUGCAGCGUGGAGUUUGGUUCUGCGAGCCCUCUGUGGCGGCGAAGAUGAAGACGUUGUUUUCGCCUACCUCACGAGUGCGAGAACGAUAAUCCCAUCCGAGACAUUGGGCUUCCUCGUCAACACGGUGCUCCAUCGCGGUUUACAGGAUGUCAACUUGCCAAUAGCAGCAUUGCUCCGACAUACCCAUGAUACGGUGCUGAGCGCACUGCCACAUUCUCACGUCACGCCAUCAGAGCUUGGUGUGAGUGUCAGUUCCUUGAUCAAUGUCCGCAAGUUUGAUGACGACACCAUGGCGGCUCUCGAUGCCGACGAGAACGGCAGCGCAGGUGAUGAGGAUGGCCUCACAUUCAGAGCAUUACCGUCCCCGGAUCCCAUGGCUUAUGACAUUGUGGUUGCGGUUUCUGAGAUAGGCGACAGUACACUGGACCUCACGCUGUCUUACUGGGAUUCGGUGGUCGAGGAAGAGGAUGCGCAGCGGGCGCUGGAUUGCCUGAGUAGUGUGCUGAGCACAAUGGGCCACGAUGGCAAUAUGACUUGUGCUGAAGUUAUUCGCACUUUGAGCUAG